CAUCGUUUAUAUAAAGCUAUAUAAAGCUCUCUGUCUCGUCACUGGUCAGCCAGGCAGCGUUCAGUUCCCGUGAGACUCUGACGCCACCUGCUUCAACCCUCAACACGUCUUCUCCACAAUUUCUCUUUCUUCUCUCUGCAGUAUAAUUUAAUAUCAUAUAGUUUCUAUAUAAAUCUUCUGUGUUCUACUUUUUUUUUUUUUUUUUUUUCUCUGUUUCUCUGUUUCUCUACAUGAACCGUAAAUGGGGAACAUUUGUGCCUGCCUUGCACCCAAAUCGGUGAAGAAAAAGCCCACAAAGCGCCUUCCGAACCCACCACCACUGACCAAUUCAAGCAACCGUUGGACCCGGAUCCGAUCAUCGCGGAAGGAGAAGCUUGACGAUGCUUUACUUCAGGAACAAGCUCUCGCCGCCGCCAUCCUCUUUCAGCAGCAUCAGCAGCAGCAAAAUGGUUCUUUGCCUUUUGACCGUUCCGCUUCGCUUCGAUAUCCCAAUUCGAGUUCCAAGAAGAACGCCAACGCCUUGCCCCGGAGUUCGAGCUCCCGGGCUCGGUCGCUCACCGACCCUCUGCUUCAGCCUCACCAGCUUGUUAACCAGGAUAUAAAACUUGAGGAUCUGGAAACCAACCAUUUUGUCCUUGUCCAUGGAGGAGGUUUUGGUGCAUGGUGUUGGUAUAAAACUAUAGCACUUUUGGAAGAAGGUGGUUUCAAAGUUACUGCAAUAGACUUGAUUGGUUCUGGAAUUCAUUCAUUUGAUACAAACAGCAUUACAAGUCUUUCUCAAUAUGUGAAGCCGCUUACUGAUUUUCUUGAAAAACUUGCUGAGGCCGAGAAGGUGAUCGUGGUGGGACAUGAUUUUGGUGGUGCAUGUAUAUCUUAUGCAAUGGAGUUGUUUCCUUCUAAAAUUUCAAAGGCUAUUUUCAUUGCAGCAGCAAUGCUAAAAAAUGGACAAAGCACUCUUGAUAUGUUUUCUCAACAGUCUAGUUCGGAUGAUCUAAUGCGACAGGCACAGAUAUUUUUGUAUGCAAAUGGGAAUGAUCAUCCUCCAACUGCUAUUGAUCUAGACAAGUCUUUGCUGAGGGAUUUGUUAUUUAACCAAAGUCCUGCGAAGGAUAUUGCAUUGGCCUCUGUUUCGAUGAGGCCAAUUCCAUUUGCGCCAGUUUUGGAGAAGCUUUCUCUUUCUGACUCGAAAUAUGGGUCAGUGAGGCGGUUUUAUAUAGAAGCUCCAGAAGACAAUGCCAUACCCAUAGCUUUACAAGAGAGUAUGAUAAAUGCAAGCCCUCCUGAACGGGUUUUCCGACUGAAAGGUGCUGAUCACUCACCAUUUUUCUCCAAGCCUCAAGCCUUACACAAGCUAUUGGUGGAGAUCUCAAAAGUUCCUUCAAUUUAGAAACUAGAUUUUCUAGAUAGAUUGUUUAUGGAGGAUUUCUCUUCUAGAGCUUCACUGACAGAAUAGGAUACAUUAUUGGAACUGGUAACGAAGGAAGCUGGCUCACAAAAAAAGGGAAGUGCUACCAAACAUGUAAAUGCACAUCCGACUUGAAACAUUCAUGUAGUACUUGUGCGGGAUGAGGGAGUCCCUUCACAUUUUUUUUGCAGGGUUUCUUUAGCCCGAAAGAGAUGUUCAUAUUUAUGUUAUUGACAAGGAAAUUCACAUUUUCUAAAGUUGCAGAAGGAAUGCAAUGGAGGCAAUUUUUUCAAGUGGUUGUUGCCUUCUGCCUUUGUUUACUUGUAACUAUAAUAACGCAGCAAAGUUUUGGUUUGUCUAAUUUAUGCACUUGAAUUAAAAUCAAUCAAAUGAUAGAUUGUGACAACAUUACACAGA